AUGGAUGCUCACUGCGGCACUACCUUACUCAAUACCUCUUCAGACCAUCGCUUACCCUCUGACGUUUGCGAUCACAUCCUCUCGAUUCUCGAGGCUCAAGGUCAAUCUGCAUCACUCGCCAAAGUUGCUCAAUGUUCAUCAUCAAUGUGCCAGAGGGUCAUAUCAUAUUUGUACAGAUCAUUCACACUCGACGAUAAAUCGGUCAACUGGGUUCUCAAAUCGAUUUUUCAGAAUCAACCAUCUGGUCAAGGCAGACACCAACAUGUCUGUUCAAGUAUCAGAACCAUGGUUAUACAACCGGUCACCCAACCGAUAUCUAACGAAGUAACCCAUAUUCUCAAAACCACUAAACCGUCUGGUACUCGUCUGCAUGUGGCACUCGGAUGCACCGCCCAUUUGGACAUGACUCCAGUGGUAUUUGGACUCACAACUUUGACAAUAUCUCCACUUUCAUGCAUGCUGAGAUCAAUCCGACUGGAGAAUUCCUUAGUAUGCAUCUGA